CCAAAAUGGCGGGGACUGUGUUGUUACAAUCUGGAGUUCACUGAGUUGGGCUAAUUGAUAUUGUUUUGAUGAAUCUGUAAACAUUCAAUUAAAAUGGCGUUAGUUCAGACAAACUAUCCCCUUAAAAAGCUUAAUAGUAACGCGGUAAAAGAACGAGCGACCAUUCCUGUUGUUACUACACAUAUAAUCACAGAUAAUGAUUUGGGGAUUGUUGAGGAUGGCAAGCAACAGCCUGUCAACUUCAAAAGAAUUGUCAAACUACUUACAGAUCCACAUUCGGAGAUGCUGUUUGAAAGACAUGUCCAUGCUCUUAUCAAAAUGACCAAGCAGUUUUCCAAAGGAUUUCCAAUGAAAGAUCUGGUGCAGCUUUUUAAAAUCUUGAACAUUUGUGCUGAUCGAGUAGAUGCUAACCCUGUUUACGAAAAGCCAAUUCUAGAAAUUCUGAAGCUGUGUAGCCUCCCAUUUUUAAUGGAAAAAGCAUCAGAUGAAUUGGUUUAUGAACAGAUAGUGGUUGAGUCUAUAUCACAGCUGGGCUACUUGAUGAGAAUUCCCAGUUCUGAAGUAAGAAACCAAAUAUGCAGCACAUUGCUCAGUUUUACAACUAUCAAAAGCAAGCAAGAAUUUAUUAACUUGAAACCAACUAAUUUAAAAUUUAAUAACAAGAUGAUAGAAAUCAGCGAUAUUUCAGAAACUUUAAUAAAAGCUUUAGCCUUGCUGGAAACAGAUUUGGCUGUAAAACUCAAGGUUUUAGAAAUCUUACAGCAUUUUUCUAAAAAUUCUGCAAAAAACUGUGAUCAAAUUUUACAUGUUGAUGGAGGGCGAAGGAUUUGUUCUCGCCUCAUGGAUGCUGACCCUAGUGGCCAACUUUUGUUUCGAUCAGUCGACAUUCUGUGGAACUUGAUGGAUAAAGGAGACACAGCUGUGCUUGCCAGCCAACUCAACAACCUAAUAUGCAUCAGUCAGUUGCGAGACGCUUUUGUGUAUGAAAUGACCCAAGGAUACAGCCAUUAUGACAGGCAACUAAGGAAUGAUCUACUAGUGAUAGCCACACUGGUUGCUUAUCAAUGCCCACAAGCACCCUUUGUUGAAACAGGAUUUGCCAAGCAGUUAACACUAUUUGCCACUUUUCAGGAGGUGAAAUCUCACAAUGUUCUUGUGCGCCACCUUAAACUCCAGACAAACCAUGAAGACUUUGAGCUCCGUAAACUACUCAUCAAUAUUUUAGUAGUUCUCAGCAAAGACAGGACAGUUGUUUCUAUUCUGUCAGAAGGUCAUUUGCUGCUGGCCCUGUUUUCAUUUGUCCGGGCUAAUGACCAGAAAGCUGAACCUCGAGACUGGAGUCCAGCCCAGUUUGAAGAACUCCAGCUUCACGCCAUGGCAUCAUUGUGCACACUUUGUCCUCUGAUGCUAGAGGACUACAUGACAUGCCAAGGCUCAACAAGGUUGCUUCUGUUACUGGAGUGGUGUGUGGGGCCAGAAGAAUUUAGUGGACAAGGUAACAGCUUCCAUGGAACUGGGGGCAGAGGAACAAAGAAAGCUCAGAUGAGACAUUGUCUUCGUUUGUUGCGCGCUGUGGUCUCUGUGGGAGAUGAUAACCUGCUACAAGACUUAACUGAUCAGGGCGCCAUUAACCAGAUGAUAGCUUUAUGUACAAAAUGGGUCUUGAAUACUGCAUUUAACCAGAGAAUUGAGGAACAUGAUGCUAUCGAGAUUGAGAUGCAGACAGACAUACUUUUUAUUCUCUCAUGCCUGUGUGAGAAAGACAUACACAGAAAGGAGCUGUUUGGUAUUCAAGGCGUGGAACUAGUCAUCAGAUAUCUACAUACUGAUACUAGACUUUUAAACAGUGGGUUAGGACACCACAAACUACUGUUAGCUUCUAUUGACUGCACAUGGUGCUGUAUUGUUGGAUGUUUCAUCACAGAAGAUUAUUUCUUGGAAAAAGAGGGUGUCUUCCUGCUGUUUGAUUUAUUGGAGGUAUGUCCAAAGAGCAUGCACAAUGUCAUCCUUGGGUGUCUACUUGAUUUGUGUGAAAACCCUAAGACAGUCAACCACAUCCUGGCAUGGAGAGGCAAGACUGGGUGCACUGCUGCACAUCUCUUGUGCCAGAUUUGGCGACAUGAGGAGAAUGAGAUUGGAGUUAAAAGGGAUAACCAAGGAGCCAUUUUUGAUGUACGUCAACCAUUGAUGGGAGCCAUACAAGCUGAAAUAGGGACCAAGCCACUUCCAGCAUCCAACGUAAGCCCAGCCAUAGCGGAUGUUGGGGAAAAUAUGAGGGCCAAAGUUUAUUCUAUCUUCUGUAAAACUGGCUUCAGUGACCUGCUGGGGCUCACUGUGGAGGAUCAUGUCACAAUCACAGUUAUUGAGAAGUAUCUGGACUUUAAAAUGGGUGAGGUAUGGUCAGAGACUAUUCAAGAACUGCAGGCAGAAAAUGUGCGCCCAGUGACCCCAGAUCAAGAGGCGUUAGAAGCCAUUUCCAGAGCUAUAGAAGAAAGGGCUAUGAUUGUGUCCACAACUCAACAGGAACUUGUGGAGGCUCAGAAAAAUCAGGAUGUAUUGGAGGAGCAAGAAUUUUAUGCAGAGAUUAGAGAAAACCAAAGGCAGAAAGAAAAAGCUAUAGCAGAUUUCACAGAGUUUGUGGCUAGAACAUCAAACUUCAAUUCGCUUAAGGAAGCCAAACAAAAACAAGAAAUAUCUAUUGAUGCAUCAAGAAUCCACCCAACAUAUAACAGCAAUGAUCUGUACCAUGAGACAGGUAUUCCUAAACUAACAACAACUGUCUUCAGUGGGAAACAUGUCACAGCCCUGAACUCAUCCUUUCACACCAAGCCAAAGUUGGAGGGCAACCAGAAGCCAAAAUUUAUCAAACACAUAACUAUUUAAUACAAGGGUUGAAGAAAAACAUAGCAACAGGUUUUGUCAGUGUAAAAAAGUUAUCACGUUUAUUGUCUGACAGUGUUGGGAUUACAGGUGAAAAAAAAAUUACACUGGUAAUUUAAAAAAGUGUAUGUCUGAGUGAACUAUAAAAAUGAACAGUAGUUCACAUCAAGAUUAGAUAUAAUACCUUUUUCCAAAUAACACAAUAGUCAAUAAAUAAAGGAAAUUAUUUACAUUUCUAAAUAUAAGCCUUUUACAUACUUUUUCAAUUUUUGGUCCUUUUUAGCUUUCAUCUAGAACAUUCAUACCAUUAAAAAUUGUGAUUAUUUUAUUUAGCUGUACACUGUUACUGAGUAAUGUGGUGUUGUAUUUUUUUCUGAUAUAUAUAAUACAUACUGAAACAAUUGUAUAAACGCUCAGUGACCAAAAUAAAAUCUAAUUUGU